AUGGGAAAGAUUGAUCCCUACCAAGAGCGGAAUCUCGUAAUUAUUACCAACUGGACCGACGCUCUACAUGUAGUCAUCACUCUGGGCACCGGACCAAUGGACUGGAGUCAGUGGGCAAAUCCCCCCACGACCAACACCAUGCCAACAUUUUCGCCCACAAGCCGAUCGACUUAG